AUGUCAUUUCAAAUUAAAGAUAUACCAACAAUUCCAUACAACGAUCAGAAACCUGGUACUUCUGGUCUUCGUAAAAAGACUAAAAUUUUUAUGAGUGAAAAGAAUUAUACUGAAAAUUUUAUUCAAUCCAUUUUAAACUCAAUACCAAAUGGCGUAAAAAAUUCAACAAUCGUUGUCGGUGGUGAUGGUCGUUUUUAUAAUGAUAUCAUCCUUGAUAAAAUUAUGCAAAUUUCUGCGGCAAAUGGUGUUCGUAAAUUAGUUAUUGGUCAAAAUGGUAUUUUGUCAACUCCUGCCGCGUCAUAUAUUAUUAGAAAUUAUAAAGAAUCUUGUAAUGGCGGCGGUAUCAUCUUAACUGCGUCACAUAACCCUGGUGGUCCAGAAAAUGAUAUAGGUAUCAAAUAUAAUUUAUCUAAUGGUGGUCCAGCUCCUGAAUCAAUUACUGAUGAAAUUUGGGAAGCUUCAAAACAUUUAACUCAUUAUAAAAUUAUCGAAAAUUUACCACAAUUAGAUACCACCAAAGUCUCUGAAAAUGUUAAAUAUGGCCCAUUAUUAGUUGAUAUUAUAGAUAGCACUAAAUCUUACGUCGAACUAAUGAAAGAAAUUUUUGAUUUCCCAUUAAUUAGAAAUUUUAUUCAUACACAACGUGAAAAGAAUAAUUGGAAAUUAUUAUUUGAUUCAUUAAAUGGUGUCACCGGACCAUAUGGUAAAACAAUCUUUGUAGAUGAACUAGGAUUACUGGCUGAUGAAACAUUACAAAAUUGGCAUCCAUUGCCUGAUUUCGGUGGCUUACAUCCAGAUCCAAAUUUAACCUAUGCACACACUUUAGUAGAAAGAGUUGACAGAGAAAUGAUAAAUUUUGGUGCUGCUUCAGAUGGUGAUGGUGACAGAAAUAUGAUCUAUGGCUAUGGUCCAUCAUUUGUAUCACCUGGUGAUUCCUUAGCAAUUAUAAGUGAAUAUGCUGACGAAAUUCCAUAUUUUGCAAAACAAGGCAUGUUCGGUGUUGCAAGAUCCUUCCCAACAUCAAGUGCUAUUGAUCGAGUUGCAAAAGCUAAGGGACUAAACUGUUACGAAGUGCCAACAGGCUGGAAGUUUUUCUGUGCAUUGUUUGAUGCUCAAAAAUUAUCCAUCUGCGGUGAAGAAUCCUUUGGUACUGGUUCUAAUCAUAUUAGAGAAAAAGAUGGUCUUUGGGCAAUUGUUGCAUGGCUAAAUAUCUUAGCAAUCUACAACAAACGUAACCCAGAGAAAGAAAGCUCAAUUAAGAAUAUACAAAUGGAUUUUUGGUUAAAGUACGGUCGUACUUUUUUCACUCGUUAUGAUUAUGAAAACUUAAGCUCUGAAGAUGCAGAAAAGGUAGUCAAAUUAUUAAAAGAUUACGUCUCAGAUCCCCAAACCUUGAAUUCUAGAUUCCCAGAGGAUGAUAGUAUAACAGUAACUGAGUGUGGUGACUUUGAAUAUACCGAUUUGGAUGGCACUGUUUCUAAAAAUCAAGGAUUAUAUCUAAAGCUUUCCAAUGGAGCUAGAUUUGUCAUUAGACUAUCAGGGACCGGAUCUUCAGGAGCCACACUAAGAUUAUACACAGAACAAUAUUCGAACGAUGAGACUAAAUAUAACUUGAGUGCUGAAGAAGUACUAAGUCCUGUAAUUUCGCCAAUAAUUAAGUUUUUAAAAUUUCAACAAUUCCUAGGAACGGAAACUCCAACAGUCAAGACCUAG